AUGGCUGGAGACAACUGGGAUUUGGGCGAGGGGCUUGAUCCGGAGGGGCCGAGCGGGGCGGAUCUGGAUCGGUUCGGGGAUGAGUUGAUGCGCUGCAAGCGGUGCGGGGCGCAGAUGUACGAUCAAGCGUCGGUGUGUCCGGAGUGCGGCGAGAUUGUUGAAGAGGGGGAGAAGACGCUGUCUGUUUGGGUGAUUCUUGGUAUGCGCAGCGAUCGUGUUGAUGUGAUGAGCCGCGGCUCGGGCCGUGAUGGGGCGGGGUUCAGUCUUGUAGAGAUGUUGCUGGUGAUCGCGGUGAUUGCGGUGCUGAUCGCGAUGUUGAUGCCGGCGUUGUCAGGUGCUCGUCAGACGGCGAUCCGUGUGAAGACACAGUCGAUGAUGGCGGAUCUGAGCAACGCGGCGCAGCGCUUUGGGAAUGACAAUAACGGGCGCAAUCCGGGCUACUUCUCCGAGACCUUGAUGGGUCACAGCGACAACAACGCGAUCGGGAUGUCGGCGAUGGAAAACGCGAUGCUCGAGCUCGGAGGUACGCGAGCGGUGCUUGGUUCAGCGAUGGACGACAACAUGCCGAGCGUGAAUCCUGAGGCGGGGAUUAUUCAGAUUGGUCCAUCGGCAGACGAAGAAAAUCAGGUUAUUGUGAAUCUGAAUCUGAUCGGCGCUGAGGGUGCGUAUUACGUACCUGAGGAGCAGUUCUUCCGGCCUCUGAUUCAUGACGGGACUGCAAAUGCGCAGCAGAAUGGGGAUCCAUCCGAUAUCAGUCAGCGUUUGAUGCCUGAUUUGCUUGAUGCUUGGGGGAAUCCGAUGCUGGUGUGGUCGCAGGAUCCUGGCGCCCCAAGCUCGCUUGUGCUGAGCGGGGGAGCUGAUGAGAUAUAUCCACAGAUUGCUCGUGUGAGUAGUGACAAUCCGAGUCCCAAUCCAACAGAUUUCACUGGUCCGGCUUGGUUCUAUCUUGAAAGCAACUCUGCGUUUCUUGAAGCUCAAGCGUUUGGUUCAGCGGGUAUCAAUAUGAGUGGUGAUCCAGCAGUUGGGAGCGCGAGUGCGCUCGGCACAGGGGUCGCCGAUGGAGAUCGAAUCCGCACGCUCGCGUCGGUGCUCGCAUCCUCGAACUCGUACCAGCUUGAUCCAACGGUUGAUGGACUCGCGGACGCGAACUUUGAUGAGAUCUUCCCAUCUCGUGCACGAGGUCGAUUCUUAGUGCAUUCGGCUGGAACAGAUGGCAUUUAUCUGAACACAUCAGAUCCGGGUUGGGCAGAGAACUCAAUCACAAAUGGGACAUCUGUGUUCUAUCUCGAUUUCGGCAACUCCUACAUGGAUCAGAACAAUGCUCGUUACACAGAUAGCAACGGUGCGUUCACGAACAUUGAUUUGUUUGAGCCGUUUGAUGAUCUGAUGUUCGGGACGAAGUAA